CGUCGUCAAGUGCUGGCGCCGGCGGGCUGGCUCCCUGGCACCGGCGCCGCCGCCCCGGACAUGGCCGGAGCGCCGUCGUCGCUAGCGCGCCUCCUCCUCCUCCUCCUGCUAGCUGCCGGAUGCCUCCUCCCGCUGGUCGCUGACGCCGCGCGGCUCACGCUGUCCCUCGCGCCCGCCGCCGACGCGCUCCUCAGGCUCAAGGCCGGCAUUAAGGACGACGGCGGCGCGCUCGGCAGCUGGUCCCCCGACACGAGCCCCUGCGCCGACGGCGGGCCCAGCUGGAAGGGCGUCCUGUGCAACAAGGACGGCGUGCACGGCCUGCAGCUCGAGGGGAUGGGCCUCUCCGGCACGCUCGACCUGCGCGCCCUCACCAGCCUGCCCGGCCCCGGCCUCCGCACGCUGAGCUUCAUGAACAACGAGUUCGCCGGCCCGUUGCCCAACGUCAAAGAGCUCAGCGGCCUCCGCGCUGUCUUUCUGUCCGAGAACAAGUUCUCCGGUGUCAUCCCCGCCGACGCGUUCGCCGGGAUGGGCUCGCUCAAGAAGGUGGUCCUGUCCAAUAACGACUUCACUGGCCCCAUCCCGGCGUCGCUCGCCGACGCGCCCAGGCUCCUGGAGCUGCGCCUCAACGACAACAAGUUUCAGGGCAAGAUCCCGGACCUGAAACAGGAGGAGUUGACGGAAGUCAACCUCGCAAACAAUGAGCUCGAGGGGGAGAUCCCGGCGAGCCUCAAAUCCAUGACAUCGGACAUGUUUGCCGGCAACAAGAAGCUUUGCGGCCCGCCGCUCGGUGCCAAAUGCGAGGCCCCCCCGACGCCGUCACCAAAGGCGCAUCCGCAGGCCUCCGUCAAAGAAGGCACCACGCCGUCACAAGCAGCAGCAGACACCGUGGCAUCCACGGGCGCGUCGUCAGCAGACGACCCGAAGCAAGACGAAGGCCAGGAGCCCGUCGAGGGCUCCAUUUCGUUCGGCGUCUCCGCCGCGUUGCUUGGCACGCUUUUGAUCGCCGGCGUGGCGUUCAUCGCGCUGCGGAGGCGGAGGGGGUACAAAACCAAGAACUUCGGCCCGACCGCGUCGUCGUCUCGCCCCUCGGGGCCGCCAAGGGUCGAGCCGCACCCGCCGGCGGCAAAGGCGCCCGCCGCCGCCGGGGGCGUGGCGCACGGCGGCGGCGCGGCGCGGAAGGCGGAGCAGGGGCGACUGACGUUCGUGCGCGACGACCGCGGCCGGUUCUUCGAGCUGCAGGACCUGCUCAAGGCGACGGCGGAGGUGCUUGGCGCCGCCAACCUCGGCGUGUGCUACCGCGCCACGCUCACGACGGGCCAGUCCGUCGUCGUGAAGCGGUUCAAGGAGAUGAACCGGGUGGGCAGGGAGGACUUCGAGGAGCACAUGCGGCGGCUGGGCCGUCUCAGCCACCCCAACCUCCUCCCGCUCGUCGCCUACUACUACCGCAAGGAGGAGAAGCUGCUCAUCCACGACUACGUCCCCAACCGGAGCUUGGCGAACCUCCUCCAUGGCGGCGGCGAGAGCGGCGGGAUGAAGAAGGCGGCGGUGCACUGGGCAGCGCGGCUGAAGAUCGUGAAGGGCGUGGCGCGGGCGCUCAGCUACCUGUACGACGAGCUGUGCAUGCUCACGGUGCCGCACGGCCACCUCAAGUCGUCCAACAUCCUGCUCGACGCCCACCACGGGCCGCUGCUGACGGACUACGCGCUGGUGCCGGUGAUGAACCAGUCGCACGCCGCGCAGCUCAUGGUGGCCUUCAAGUCCCCGGAGCGGAAGCAGUUCGGCCGCUCGUCCAAGAAGAGCGACGUCUGGUGCCUCGGCCUGCUCAUCCUCGAGAUACUCACUGGAAGGCCGCCGACCUACGACCCGCCCAAGGCGGCGGCGCCCUCAGGCGAGCUGUCGUCGUCCCAGCAGAAGCCGGGGCCGGCGGCGGGCAACACCGACCUGGUGACCGUCGUGGGGUCGACGCCGGAGGGCGAGUGGCUGAACACCGUGGUGGACCGGGACCUGCGGGGCGAGGAGGAGGAGGACAAGGAGGAGAUGGUGAAGCUGAUCAGGGUCGGCAUGGCGUGCUGCGAGAGCAACGUGGACAACCGGUGGGAGCUCAAGACCGCCAUCGAGAGGAUCGAGGAGCUCAAGGCGAAGGAGCGCCCCGACGAGGAGCAAGCGACGGUGAUCGACGAGGACUACAGCGAUGUUGCCCUCAACUGAUCAUCGACACGAACCGGCCGGGAAUCGAUCGAUAGGGAGGGUUGUGCGCAAGCUGAUGAUAUGAGCCCAAAAUGUGAUGACCUGCAUGCAUGCCGAGACCCUAAACAUGGACUAGUACUGUGUAUUCUUAUAUACCUUUGCUGGUUGUUAAUUGCCGGUGGUAGGUUUUUGGAGAGAAAAGAAGCUACUUAUAUAUAAUCACACAGAUCUUAGUUUGCUUUUCUC